UAUAAUUGUCCAUUUCCGGUAAGCGGCGAACUGAAAAUGGCGCCCAAGCAAAAAUGUGCGACGGCGGCGACGGCAGUGACAGCGGCGGCGGUGAAGGAGGUGCAUUACAGAGGUGUAAGGAAAAGGCCGUGGGGAAGAUAUGCGGCGGAGAUAAGAGAUCCGGGGAAAAAAUGCCGUGUUUGGUUAGGUACGUUUGAUACCGCUGAGGAAGCAGCGAGAGCGUAUGAUAAAGCUGCGAGAGAGUUUCGAGGUGUGAAAGCGAAAACUAAUUUUCAGAUUGUGAUGCAGCCGGCGGAUGUGAAUCGGAGUCCGAGUCAGACUAGUACCGUUGAGUCAUCGUCUGCGGCGGUUGCGGUUGCGGCGGCGACGGUGACGGUGACUGCGACGGCGACGGCGGCGGCAAUGGUGGAAUCGGUUCCGUUGGAUCUAAGCUUAGGAAGCUCAUCAUCCGUUGGUAUUUUUAGCAACGGUGUAGGUAAGUUUUUGUUCCAGAAUUCUCCUACCGGAGGAAUCACUCCGCCGAUGUACUAUUUACAAGGACCUGGAGUGAUUCGUAACGGCGGCGGCGGUAGUGGAGAUGGAGGUGCUGCUGCCGGCGGCCAGAGUGGGAUGAUGAAGAGUGAAUCCGAUUCAUCAACUGUGAUAGAUUUUAUGGGUAACGAUCUCAAGCCAAAAGCUAAUUUCGACCUUAAUCUUCUUCCGGCACCGGAAGACAUGUGAAAAUUCUUCUGUAUGGAUCGGAAAGUUGCCGGAGUUGAUGAUCGGAGAUUCUGCAUGCUUUUUGAACUUUUGCUUUAUUUAAUUAGUUGUAAGCUUGUUU